AGAAACAGUACACAACCGAGAGCCACCAAAUCAAAAAGUUAAACAAUGGGUGGACACAAAGGAUCCAUCAUCGCUGCUGUGGCGCUGCUAGUCGCCUGUGCCGCACCAGCAACGGCCGACUUGAACGUGACCGCCUUGUGCCUGCUGGUCAGUAGUGGCAACUAUGUGGCCAGUCAGUCGGACUGCUCAACCUAUUAUCAGUGCCAGGGUUCGUCGUACACGACCUUGUCCUGUCCCACCGGUUACUAUUUUGAUAAGAACACCCAGCAGUGUACGGGAAGUGUCCCUAGCACCUGCACCAGCAACACUAAUCCUUGCCAAGGCAAGGCGGUGGGAACCUUUGCUGCCUCUAGUUCAUCCUGCGGUGGCUAUUACUACUGCGGUGCCGCCGGCGCUGUGAGCGGCAGUUGCCCUACCGGCGAGAACUUCAAUCCCACCACUAUGGCUUGCGUGUAUAAGAACAACUAUCCCUGCAGCGAAUCCUCUAGCAGUGACAGUCUAUCGGUAUCGGUGGCCCUCAACCUGUGCAAUCUCAUCAGGGAUGGUCUGUACUUCGGUAGUCCCACCAACUGCAGUGGUUGGAACUAUUGCCAGGACAAUGUCCUACACUCGGGAACUUGUGAAGCUGGUAGGGUGUUCAAUGUCCAAGCUGUGAACUGUGGCUACAAGACGUCGUCAUCCUGCUCCCAGGUCACCAAUGAUGCAUCACUGACCGGAGUGAUUACUCCCUCUACUUGCACCACCGCUGGAUCAAUGAUCGCGGCCACUGCUUGCAAUCAGUACUACAUGUGCACGGCCAGUCUUAGUUAUCAGUUGAUGACCUGCCCAUCGGGUUACUACUACGACACCCCAUCGAAGUCAUGUGUGACCAGGAUGAACGCCAGGAAUGACUGUGACAGGUGUGUGGGCACCACCGCCUCCUUCGUGAAUGCUUAUUCGGCCUCCAACUGCUCCGAUUACCUCUAUUGCUCGAACGGUGUUCAGAAGGCUGUGGAAAGCUGCCCCACCAACUACUACUUCAACGAGGUCUAUGGUGGCUGCGUUAGUGGAGUGGAACCCAAGUUUUUGUGCUGCAAUCCCACGGGAAGCAAUGGCACUGAUACUAGCACUUCGGGAAGUUCUUCUGGCAACUCCACAGAUACCUCCUCUGGAUCUUCUUCCACUGGAAACUCUACAGAUACCUCCUCGUCGGGUUCAUCGUCCACCUCGACUGGAGGUUCUACUGAUACUUCGUCGUCAGGAACUUCCUCUGGAUCAUCGUCGAGCUCGACAGGAUCUUCUACUGAUACUUCUUCCGGGUCAUCGACCGAUACCUCUUCGAAAACUGAUACUUCCUCUGGAUCAUCAUCCACCUCUACCGGAACUUCUACCGAUACUUCUUCGAAAACUGAUACUUCCUCUGGAUCAUCAUCCACCUCUACCGGAACUUCAACCGAUACUUCUUCGAAAACAGAUACUUCCUCAGGAUCAUCUUCCACCUCGACUGGUACUUCUACUGGUACAGAUACUUCAGCCAAAACUACAUAAUAAUUCAUACAGUAAAUGAUAAUAAAUACUAUAUAAUCCUGCAAGCAAUUAAAUAAAUUACUUCAUAUUCUAUUAUAGUUUUAUGCAGAUUUUUCAAAUAAUAUUGUUGGUUUCUAUCGACGAAACUCAAUUAUCAAAAUAAACUUCGUACUCUUUUCUAA